UGGGCACGUAAUUGCGUCUGACUUGACGGUCACAGCUUGGUAUCUCGCUCUCUACAAGUUGAGCAACAGCGGUACGUCGGGGGCGAGCAAGUUGCUGUAUGGGUUUCCCGGAGCUGCGCUUAACUUAAGAUCCAGAAUGCUGAGAAGAGGAUGAAUCCUCCAGGUCAUCUGAGACAUCACCGUGUCUUUGCCGCUGUCCCUAUUCGACAGCCCUCUCAUCCCACUGGGGCACCAUCUGCCUCCCCGCACUCCCCUCUUUGCCCCUGCCCAGGUCCCUCCCCCCUCCCCUGCCCCCAGUAGUGGCCAUCCCAGAGGGGAGGAAAGGUGAGCCCGCCCCCGUAAAUAUGCCUGGAUGGAGGUCUCAGUGGCGUCUCGUCCUGCUGAACUCCCUGACCUGUGGCCUGGAGAUCUGUGUGGCAGCUGGGAUCACAUACGUGCCCCCACUGCUGCUGGAGGCUGGGGUGGAAGAGCGCUACAUGACCAUGGUGCUAGGUAUUGGUCCAGUCCUCGGCCUCUUGUUCACCCCUCUGAUUGGCUCAGCCAGUGACCACUGCAACAGCAGUUAUGGCAGACGACGGCCUUUCAUCUGGCUGCUGUCUUUGGGAGUCCUUCUUGCACUUGUAAUCAUUCCCCAUGCUGACAUACUGGCUGCGCGUCUUGCCUGGGGUGGGCGCACCCUACAAGUGGGCUUCCUUAUCCUUGGGGUGGGGCUUCUAGACUUUUGUGGGCAAGUGUGCUUCACACCGCUGGAGGCUCUUUUGUCAGACCUGUAUCGAGAUGAGGAGGACUGUGGCCAAGCCUUUGCCAUGUUCUCCUUCAUGGUCAGCUUGGGGGGCUGUGUGGGUUAUUUGCUACCUGCACUGGACUGGAGCCGUGGCCUGCUCUCUGUUUACCUUGGAGGCCAGGCUGAGUGCCUCUUCUCCCUUCUCAUCCUCAUCUUCGUCUCCAGUGUGCUCAUCACCAUGAAGGUAUCUGAGGAACCCUUGUGUGCCAGUGGUGGCUUGGUGGGGUCUACAUCUUUAAUGGAGUCAGGAGCUGGUGCGGUGGAGACAGGCUGGUGCGGUGUGCCACGCUCUUGCUGUUACCUGUUGAAGUGCAAGCUGAGGCUGCUGAAGUCUGGACCCAUGCUGUGCCUGCUGAGAACAUGCUGGUCCAUGACCCCGGCCAUCUACCGGAGCUACUGCCAUGUCCCGCGGGUGAUGAGGCAGCUGUGUGUGGCUCAGCUCUGCAGCUGGAUGGCUGUCAUGUCUUUUAUGCUUUUCUACACAGACUUUGUGGGGGAAGGCCUGUAUGAGGGCGUGCCCAGUGCAUUACCAGGAAGUGUGUCCAGACAAAGAUACGAUGAAGGUAUCCGCAUGGGCAGUCUGGGCCUGUUCCUGCAGUGUGCUACCUCAACCUUCUUCUCCCUGGUCAUGAGUCGUUUGGUUCGCCAUUUUGGCUCCCGGUGGGUCUACCUGAGCAGUAUGGUGAGCUUCACAUUCUCUGCUUUGGUCAUCUGCCUGUCCAAAAGUGUGGUCUUGGUCACUGUAAUGGCGGCCCUCACUGGCUAUGCGUACGCCACACUGCAGACUCUGCCCUACACGCUCACCUGCCACUAUCACAAGGAGAAAGAGGUCUAUAUGCCAAAAAAGAAAACCAAAAGCAUGCAUAAAAAUGGAAUUACCACCAAGCGGGACUCUGUGUAUUUGACUCCUGUGGAAGAGGAAGGUGGACUGAACCACAAAACAGGAACUCCCUACGGGAACGCUUUCUUCAGCCAGGACGCUUAUGAGUACUACCCCAGUCCACACAGCCAGAACGGCUCCUCUCACGGCUCUGCUGGCCCUGAACAGGAGGAGGCCGAGCCGGGCUUAGAAAAACGAGGUGUGGGUUUGGACUUUGCCAUCUUAGACAGCACCUUCCUCCUCUCUCAGGUUUUCCCCACCCUCUUCAUGGGCAUGAUCGUUCAGUUCGCACAGUCUGUCACUGCCUAUAUCGCCUCCUCUGCCAUCUUCGGCACUGUCGCCAUCUACUUGGCCAGUCGAAUCAUCUUUGACCAAAAGGACCUCAGCAGUUGAGACUCGGAUGCAAAAUAUAUGGGAGGGAUGAAUAAUCAGUCGUUCAGGUUCCUUAGGUGGAACCAAACAAUGCACUACUGUUUCCCGUAUGCCUUGAGCUAUUGUUGUGUCUUUGGUCUGCAGGUAUAGUGUGUGUCUGUCAGUGUGUGGCAGACUAUGAGAGAAAGUGGUUAAGAAAAUGUCACAAGAGACAUGUUAUCUGCCAGUGAGGUACAGGUUCCAUGUGGGGCAGCGGCUGUCAUCUAAUACCUGAAAAGUCAACACCAACCGUGUUCCCCCGGUCAGGUAUGGUACUCUCUGCACUCAAUGCCACUGAACUCUAUAGGAAUCUGUUUCAGAACUUUUUGUUGUGACAUCUUUUCUGUCCAUCAUCUUUUUCCUCAGGUACCACAAACAGAUUUACUGUAGAACUCAUCAACCUCACACAUACUAACCUUUUUAUUUUUUAUGAUCUAACCCUGAGCUAUCUACAGUUUUUAUGCUACAGAACAGUACAGUCUGUUUUGUUCUUGAAACAACAUGUCAAACAAGGUAUUGGUUUGCACAGACUCAUGUGCAGCAUCACUUAGCCAGCCUGGAGACUGGUCAUCAUGUUAUUGAAACAGACCCAUCUGUCUAUAUCGGCAGCUCGGAUAGAUUAAUGAAUUGUUUCUGCCCGUACCCCCCAAAGGAGUUCUCCAAGGA